UGCUUACCUGGUAGGUAAGUUAAUUUACCAAGAAGUUAAUUGGAACAAUCGGCCCUAUAUUCGAGAGAAACUUUACAAUACCGACGAUAAAUAAUCAGCAAUCAAUAACGUAGGUCACUAUAAUGCAUUUACCGAACGCCGUGCAGAUUCCGUCCAAUCGUUUUUCCAUUAGUUCCAAUGUUCACCGGGGGAGGGCGUUGUCCGCGUUCUAUGUUUCCCCGGACCGCGCCAACGAUCCGCUGUCUGCUUCUCCGCUCUCCAGCGUACUCAAAGUGUAUUCGAGUAUACGUGGACGCAGUCGCUCGCAUAAAAAGCCAGUGGACCGUCGCGUGGCGUCGCGUCGAACCGUCGAACGUCGCGAUUCUCGUCGUGCGUUGAAGCGUCACGUCGCUCCCGCCGCCUUUGUCGUCGUCGUCGAGGAGCUCGGAGCGCCUCUCCCGAAAUCGAAAGAGAGAAAAGCCCAUCUGCUCUACGGUGGCAGCGCGUCUUCGUUCGUAAUCAUCGUCGCGACGCACAGCGACGCAUCUGCGAUCGGAGACGCGCGUUCUCGAUCCUCUCUCGUCGGCGCGUCAUUUCGGCGUCUCGGCGUCGGGACGCCGUGCGAGGGUAUAGAGUCCUGCAGCCAACCAAGAGAUCAUCAUUAGAAUUUCAUCAGGUUCAUCCGCACCCCCCGCGGGAAUUCCGAACAGAAUGGGGACGUUCUGCUACAACUUCUCCAAGUACACACUGGCGGCCAUGAGCCUCGUGUUUUUGGUAAUCUCGGUAACGGUGAUCACCCUGGUAGCAUGUAUGCUGUCGGACAAAACGUACUUAGUAUCGAUCGCCGAGGAGGGAAAUAAUUACGAGGCAGGCCUGUACAUUCUGCUUUGCACCGGUAUCCUCAUGUUGAUCGUUUCCAUCCUAGGCUGGUGCAGCGCCUUCAAGCAUUCUCGAUAUUGCCUGGCCACCUUCUGCAGCAUUAUGCUCGUCAUAGUUGUCGCGCAAGUCGCCUUCGCAGGCUGGCUUUACGCUCAUAAAGACCGUCUGGACGAAUUGGUGCGAUCUUCCGUGAUAAACACCGUUAAGGACGAGUACGGCGAGAUCCAAUGUCGCACGCAAAUCAUGGAUACGAUUCAAAACACUCUCGAAUGCUGCGGAGCCAACGGACCUGCGGACUGGGCCGGCAGCAAGUACUCGAAUCAGGAAUCCUCUCAAUCGCAGCUUACUUUUAGCGUUUCAGACGCAAACACGUUCAAGAUACCAAAAUCCUGCUGCAAAGAUCCGAAUAGUGCUGCUUGUAAUGAAGGUCGCCAAAUGAAAAUUGCUGGAGUCGUGAGCUUUGCGAUCUACAGCGAGGGAUGUAUGGAGAAGUUGGUGACCACGUUAAAAAGUCAAACUUAUCACUUUAUAGGUGGAGCGAUAUUGGUUUUAGCUCUAGAAAUUCUUAGUUUGAUACUCGCUUUAAUUUGCUGUUGCAAAGGUGGACCAUCAGAUAGAUACAAAGCUUAAAUUGACUCAUCACACAAGAAUUCUUCCUUUACCAAGUGUCCCACAAUAACGGUAUAAUACCAAAAAUAAUCAAAAUUUCGUUUCUGUGCCAAUACCAGCGGGUACUUGGCAAAUUGUGUCUUGUGUUUGGUCACGUAGGACUGAGAUAUUUAUCGCACACAUUUAAUGAGUGAUCAUUUCUUAAGGGUAUUAUUAUUUCUUAUAAACUGGUAAGCGUUAUUUUGGGACUAAUUUAAGAUCUGACAUAUAAUAACAUAUUUUAUUAUCUUACUUUUUUGUAAAUAAUUUAAUAUCUCUUUUUUAGCAUAUAUUUUACAAAAUUUUUACAAUUUACUUACGCACACGAGUGACUCAUAAUUGCAGAAAUAACACAUCUGAUUUUCACAAAAUUAUUGUUUUUGUCUUAAAAGGGUACAAAGAUAUAACAGAUAUUAAAUUAAAAUAUAACUGUAUGAAAUGUUUAUUGACAUGCGUAAAUUUCAAAGAAAUAUUAUGUCUUUACAAAUUGAGGCUAUUAAAUAGAGAAAGUAAUCAGAUGUUUCAUAAUUAUUUGCAUCCAUUGGAGUAGACGUAUGUGUGACUUACAUUGAUGCAAAUAUAAUUACUUAAGAUAUAUGUAAUGUGCAUAUGUAUAUAUAUAUAAGCCUUCCAAAAUUUGAGAGUGUGACAGCAGGACUGUAGGAAGAAGUCUGAUUAGAUAAAUGCUUCCUAUAUAAUUUUAAAUUCCGACUUGAUACGAAUUUGAUUGAUCUACUAUUAAUAGUAUAUUUUAUAUUAUUUUUAUUGACUAUCUCAGUUUGUAUAUUCAUACCUGCAUAUUUUACAAAACUAUAUACUGGAAAAGAAUCUUGAUUUUAUGAACAUAGAAGAAGUUAGUGAAUUUAUAUAUAACAUUCGAUUUUACUGCCAAAUGCUCUUUUACACAAAUAUACGAAUAUGUUUCCAGUUUAAAGACUUGUGUACAUAAGCAUUUAAUAUCUAUCACAAAGUACCUACACAGUUAGGAUUUCUUCGGGCCAAAGUAAGAAACCAAACAAAAACGCAUUGCGUUAAUAUGAAGUAAAAAUUGUUAUGUUUUAAAUUGCAUAAUAAGGUAUUGAAAAUAUUAUUUUUACGACAAAAAUUAUAUUUUGUGUUACAGCUGAUAUAUUUAUGUAAUGUAUUAUGAUAAUUUUAUGAUAUUCCGCAUGACAUUAAGUUGCCAAUUCUUUUUUUAUAUUAAGCUUAUUACUAAUAGACUGAGGGCCAUAUUUUCACUUGACUAAUCUUAAUAAAUAGUGUAACUUUAACAAUCUGAGUAAAAAUCUCGACGAACGAUCAAAUAUCAGUUAUCGUAUCUUACGUUGACUAACAUUUUCCUAGCGUGUUAAUCUUGCAAAUCAAAAUAGGGAACAUGCACCUACUAACGAUACAAUCAAUCUAGUACUUUAACUUACUGCAGCGAUCGUCAUAGUCUAGUCUGUAAACAAUUAACUUAUCGAUCUACUUGCUUUAGUCCACGCGAUAUAUAUGAUAUAUAUAUAUUUUAUAUAUUAUUUUUAUAUAUAUUAAUGAUAAUUUUCUAUAGAUUCUAUGAGAUAUAGUAAUAACUGUUACCAAUCGAGUUUACAAAAACUACUUCUAGAGUUUACAUAUAAUAAUAAUAUGUUCGAUUUUAUAUAAAUUGUAUUAAUUAAUUGUAUUAAUUGCAGCACAAAUUUAUACAUCAAGGAUAUUGCUUUUUUACGUAACGUUUUAUUUAAAUUAUAUCAAUAUUUUUUUUUGAUACCAAUCCAUGACUAAAUUCAAAUGUCUUCAACGUUUAAAUUAUAUCUGACAUGCUACGUAAUACUUAGCUUCAUUGAUGUAACACAAGAGAAACGUGUUGGUUGUGUACAAUAAUAAAAAUUAAUGUUUGCAAACAUUGAUAUAUUUUGCUGUUCCUAAUGUACGUUUUAUUAAUUAAAAUUUUUGUGAAAGUUAAAAAAAUUUAUUUUAAGUAUCUUGACAAUUGUUAUAAGCAAAAGUUCAAACAAAUAAAGCAAAUAUCUAAAAAAUAAA